AGCUUACAGUCAUCGACGGGAAUCCUCAGAAAUCUCCAAUCAAAUCACCCCCCUUUCAUGAGUAUGGGAAUCAGAGCUGGAACACCAGUCUCUUGGUCAAUAACUUUUUUUUUUCUUCAAGCUGUCCAUCUUCAUCUUAUUCCAUUGCAUCUUCUGGUGCAAAUUCAACAUCACUUCAUGAGCCAUCGGACACUCAGUGGCAAAUGGGGAACUUGUCUUUUUUUUUUUUUUCCUUCGCCCAGGCAAAACGUGGCAAAAUGUAUAAACAUACUCCGUAGUACCGACUCACUGUUAGUUAGUUGAUUAGUUCCUUUGGUACCCUAGGUACUAAUGAGUAGUAGUACAAAGUAGUCUCCUAAUGUCUUUUUUCUCUUCCUCCCCCCACGGGUAAUCGUCAGGAUCGUUGACAACUUCUAUUAUCCUGAUCCACCAUGAGUUCAUAUCAUAACCAAA